AUGGCUUCCACCGAGACUGACAUCGCCAUCAUUGCAGGUGUGAUUAUUGCUGUAGCCUUCAUCCUGAUCUGCCUCCUGGUAGUCACGCUACACUACAUGUGCCGGCACAAGGGAAUAUAUCACACCAAUGAAGCAAAGGGAACAGAGUUUGCUGAGAAUGCAGAUGUGGCUCUACAGAAUGACCCUGCCCUCCAGGAUGCCUGUGACAGUAUCAAAAAGGAGUACUUUAUCUGA